AUGUUUAACCCUAAAACGCGAUGCUACAGAAUAUCCGGGAUCGCUCAGAAUUACUGGCCGUGUAGCACUUUUCACGCUCCGUGGAAUGAGAAUAACGGGCUCCUGUCUGUCGGAAAACACAAGAGAAUCUGGCGCCAUGGGCUGGCGGCACCUAAGCUGAUUCAACCCAAGGUGAAUAUCGAGAAGCAGACCACCCUGGCUGGAUAUAUGGUGCACGCUAUGUGCUGGAGAGAGCUGCUCCGGGUCAUUAAAUGGCCGCAUACAGAAGAAAAUCUAGGCAUCCUCUCGCAUGCGCUGCGAACACGCUGCAUGAAGGAACAUUUAGAUAUCAGUUAUGACGAGCCCGUGGAAUCGCAGCUACUGAUGGAUCCUAGAGAUCCCAUCGGUAUGACAUCUGUUCGACGAUUUGUAACUCGAUGCAGAUCUAGAGCUACCAGGAUGUCAAAGGUGAGCCAUACAUCAUGCUCUACUGAUUCAUGGCUCAUCCGUCUUCCGUUGGAGCUGCAAUACAUGAUCAUGGAUAAUCUUGAGUUUGACGAUGUAGGCUCGGUGCUGAAAGGCAUCCAAUGGUCAGUAGACAACGGAUAUUGGAAACGACGGCUUAAUCUAGACCUGUUCAGCGAGAUACGCGGCAUUUUACAUGAGGAUUUGGACUGGCGGUGGCUCUGUUUGAAACUGGAGGUUCUUGAACACAGUCAAGCGGGGACAGAUAGAAAGCGAUUUUAUGAAAUACUGAAGGAAAUCGGGAUUCGGUAUGGACUGGUAAAGGCUGAUGUGCAGUGUGGUCUUAUUGGAAGUCGUCCCCAUGCUCCAUGA